GUAACACCGAAAGAUGCUAUCUCGAUGUGAAGCUGCAGUCGGAAAAGAUGAUGACAUGGCGUUUGCUUAGCAGCGAUCCCGCCGAGCAAGGCAACAACAUCAGUGUAGCUGACUGAUUUUUUGUUGAACCGAGUUAAUCAUAUCAUCACAUAAAGGUGUCGUAAAGGCGUCGUAAAGACGACCAGACUGACACAGAAGCUCUCACAAACAUUUAGCUCCAAUUCAUACACUUGCCGAUUCCAAAAGAAAUGUCUGUCUCGUCUGCCACCCCACGCCAGCGUGUCAGAAGCCUUCUACCCACCAUAUAUCUUGGUCGCCACAAGACCGGACCCAAGAAUAGCUUGACAGAUGUCCCUGGAGUCCUAGUCUCUACGCAAUCCAUUCACGAGUCUGCAACUUAUCCCAAUGCCGCCCCUAAAUCUAUCAACACUGGUGUCACCACCAUUCUGCCUGGCAAAGACUGGUUCAGAACGGCAUGCUUUGCCGGAAUUUUCAGCUUCAACGGUUCUGGGGAGAUGACGGGUAGCCAUUGGAUCCAAGAGACAGGCCUCCUCCAUUCACCCAUCAUCAUCACCGGGAGUUUCGGCGUCGGGUCAGCCUAUAACGGCAUCUACGAGCACGGGAUUCGAGAGCAUCGAGACGAAAAGGGGAAAGUGAACUGGUUCUUGCUACCGGUUGUGGCUGAGACAUUUGACGGCUUCUUGCACGAUGUGUCGAAGUUUGCCGUCACUCCUCAGCAUAUUGUAAAAGGCAUCGAUGAAGCGAGCAGCGAGCCUGUGAAAGAAGGCAAUACUGGUGGUGGAACAGGCAUGAUCUGCCACUGGUUCAAGGGCGGAACUGGGUCUAGCAGCCGUAUCAUAGCCGCCGAGGAGGGCAAAACGUACACCGUCGGUGCCCUCGUCCAAGCAAAUUAUGGCAAGAUGAUCGACUUUAAGAUCGCUGGCGCGCCGAUUGGCCGCUUGAUCUUCCAGGAGCAGGAACGCAAGGUGAAGGAGAACCCCAACGACCCUGAGCUCUUGGGCCAAUCAUCCCUUCUAUUCAAGAUCGCGGAAGCAAAAGACAAGAAAGACGGCAGUAUCAUCGUCAUCCUGGCCACAGAUGCACCACUUCAUCCAACACAGCUCCAGCGCCUGGCGAAACGUGCAACCGUCGGGCUUUCCCGUGUCGGUGGCUGGGCGGCGAAUCAAUCAGGCGACAUCUUCCUUGCUUUCUCCACGGCCAACAAUCUAGAAGUGCACUCUGUGCCUGGCGCGAAGAAGGAAGCAGACCCCUGGGUCCCAAGGGAAUUCGGGAUACAGAUGGUAGACGACAUGACCAUCAAUGCUCUGUUCGAGGCAAGCGCAGAUGCAGUUGAGGAGGCGAUUCUGAACGCGGUGUUCAUGGCGGAGAGCAUGGAUGGGAACGGGAACAAAAUCGAUGCCCUGGAUUUAGGCAAGGUACAGGAAUUGAUGCAGAAGUACUUGUAAUGCAAGCAAUAAAUCAUCAUGUUCUG